AGAAAACACUACUAGAGAAUACAUUUGUUCUUCCCUUUUUUGUAGCUUUCCGGCCAUCCAGCCCGUCUCCUCUUCAGCUGCAGGGCCCGGUGAAGUCCAACAACAUCGUGACGGUCACUGGGAUUUCGCUGUGCUUGUUCAUCAUCGUGGCCACCGUCCUCAUCACGCUGUGGAGGAAGUUCGGCCGCCCCCCCAAGUGCAGCACCCCCGCUCGGCACAACUCCCUCCACUCGCCCAGCUUCCGGAAGAACUCAGAUGAGGAGAACAUCUGCGAGCUGAGCGAGCAGCGCGGGAGCUUCUCGGAUGGGGGUGACGGGCCUGUGGGGGGCCCGGGGGACAUGGGCAUCCCUCUGACCUACAGGCGCAGCGUGCCGGCCACUCCCGAGGACGACGCUUCCGGCAGUGACAGCUUCCAGUCCAACGCGCAGAAGAUAAUCCCACCGCUGUUCAGCUACCGCCUUGCCCAGCAGCAGCUGAAGGAGAUGAAAAAGAAAGGCCUGACAGAAACCACCAAGGUGUACCACGUGUCUCAGAGCCCCCUAACAGACAUGGCCAUCGACGCCGCCGCCGCCGCCGUCGCCCCCUUAGACUUGGAGAACCCGGAAGAAGCUGCCGCAAACAAGUUCAGGAUCAAAUCCCCGUUUCUGGACCAGCCCGCGGUCAACGCCGGGGAGAGGCCUCUCUCCAGGCUGGAUGUCGGGGUCUCGCAGGCCACUUGUGCCGUGAGCCCCAGCCAGACCGUGAUCCGCAAAUCCCAGAUGAGGCACGUGGGCAGCAGAGGGGGGCUGUCGGAGCGGAGCCACCCCAGGAGUUCCCACUUCCGGAGGACAGCCAGUUUCCACGAGACCAAGCAGGCGCGGCCCUUCAGGGAGAGGAGCAUGUCUACCCUGACCCCACGGCAGGCCCCCGCCUACAGUUCUAGGACGCGGACCUGGGACCAGGCAGAAGACAGGUUCAGGCCUCAGAGUCGGGGUGCUGCCGUGCUUCCUGAGAAACUGGACCAUUUCCAAGGGGCAGGUGGAACCGCUGGUCCACUAAGCCCCCUCCCUAAAUCCUACACCUUGGGGCAGCCCACCAGGAAGCCAGACCUAGGGGAUCGGCAGGCGGGAUUGGUGGCAGGAGGCGAGAGAACAGAGCCUCACAGAGCUCGGCGGGGACCGUCCCCCAGUCACAGGAGUGUCUCAAGGAAGCAGCCCUCCCCCACUGCCCCCAAAGAUAGCUACCAGAGGGUCAGUCCUCUGAGCCCUUCUCAAUGUCGGAAAGACAAGUGCCAGAGCUUCCCGGCGCACCCCGAGUUCGCCUUCUACGACAAUACAUCAUUCGGCCUCACUGAAGCCGAGCAGAGGAUGCUGGACCUCCCGGGAUAUUUUGGGUCAGAUGAAGAGGAUGAAACCACAAGUACUCUUAGCGUGGAGAAGCUGGUCAUCUAGACCAAGAGUCAGCCUGAGACUUGACACAACUGGGGUCCUUUGCUCAGGUUGUGGUACCAGCUGCUCACAUUGUUGUGCGGACUGUUUUGUAUAACUGUUUGUGCAGGAGGACAGAAUGUGGGGAGGAAGUAACUCACACAGACCAGCAUGUGUGUGUGCACCUGUGUUUGAAUUUAUAAGGAAGAAGUUAUUUAUCCUGAACCUUUCCCUUUGUAAUCCUAUUUCUAUUGGUUUAUUCCUAAUAACAAUGAUAAAAUUUAAACAAGAGUGAAAUAGGGCUUGGUGUCUCAUGUGGAUGUGAAAGAUGACAAGAUGUGACUUGUGAGGAUGAAAUGCUUUGAAAAGUUCAUUUGCCAAUUCCAACCUGAAACAGAAAUCUGGGAGUCUCAACUAUAAAAGGGCUGGAACAAAGCAAACUUGCUAAUACAACCCUGAAUGGUAAUUUAUUAAGUUGUAAAUGCAUAAGAAUUUGACUCCUACAGGGGCAGUAUUGAACCAGUUUCAUAUUUGGCUGAUGAAGUCACUUAUGACUACCAUGCACCUAGGAAUGGUGAUACCACAAGAUAUCCUAGAAGAACUUUCAGGCCAGAGUUUGGUGAUAUCUUACUGUUUUUUAUGCAAGGAAGAGCCCUGGUAUGUGACACAAAAUUAUGUGAGUUAAUUCUGCUUUGGGGAAAUCACAUAAGAAGCUGAUUUUUCAGGUAGUGAGUCAAAUGAAGACCUAUCCAUCCAUCCAUCAUUGUUUUGAGCAAAAAAGUAGACAGUUUUGAAAGCAAGGUGUUGUCUUCUGAGAAAUCACCAACUGGAGUGGGUAGUGGGUGUUGGCCAGGACACUGCCCGACAUCAAGAUGCUGACUUUGUGUUCCUGGACCAAAUUGGCAGCAGGGACCCCAGGGGGUGCCAUUCUGAAACUGGUGUGUGUAUGUUUCCAAAGAUAACUUUAUCAUGUUACUCA